CUGAAUUUCAUCUUCAAGUGAGCAGCAGCAGCACUGCUGUAGAACCACAUGAUAUUCAAUUAUCUGAAUUUCAUCUCGAAGGGAGCAUCAGUGGUGUAGCCAGAAUUUUGCCCAGAAGGGGCUUAAAGGAGAUCAUAGAAGGCUGAUUCAAUCAAAGAAGCUCUUUUUCAUCUUAUAGUUUUUGGAUAAGAUGACUUCUUAGCCUGAAGAUCCUGUUUUGGCAAUGUGGGCCCAAUUUCAUACAUUAGAAACUCUAGAUGGAUGGAUAUCCACCUCCUUUUUAUUCAUGCACCCCAAAGCUUGUCCAUGGCCUUGUCACUGGUGAGAAGGCAAAAGUACCAGGCUUUCAACCAGUAGAGCAGGUUUUUCAACCAGGCCUCUGCAUCAUGGCUCUUAUGUGUGGGUUCAGGAGGUUGCAUUCUUUGCAAAGGCCGGCUUGCGUGGCGGCGCCGUGGCUGAGCAGCCGGGCGGUGCUGCGGCCGCUGACGGCCGGCCGGCCACUGCGCGCCACCGAGCUCGAGGAGGACCACGUGAAGCACUGGAACGCCGAGCGGCUGCUGUCCGUCGGUCUGCUGGGCGUGGUGCCGGCCGCCUUCAUCUUCCCCAGCCCGGCGCUGGACUACGCGCUCGCGCUCUCCGUCGUCGUCCACAGUCACUGGGGCAUGGAGGCGAUCGUGGCCGACUACAUGCGGCCCAAGCGCGUCGGCAACGUGGUGCCCAAGGUGACGGUGGGCUUGACCUACUUCCUGUCCGCCUUCAUGCUGGGCGGCCUGUUCUAUUUCAACUACACGGACGUGGGCCUGGUGCAGGCCGUCAAGAUGCUGUGGCAGGCCUAGCCGGCCGGUGGCGAGCCUGACCGACGGGCCAAACGGAGCGCCCGGGGGACGGGGGACGACACGUCUGGCAUCGGGCGCCCACCCGCCGCGCGGCCGCGUCCUCCGGAGCUUUACCGUGCGCCUGGGCGGAGUGGCAAACACGGCGGGAAUUUCUCAACCGUGUUGUGCGUGUGUGAUGGAGUUGACAUUGUGUUUUGUGUGCGUGCGCAGGAUCCCCAGUAAUGGGACUCGUGAUCUGGUCCAAACAUGAGGCAGUUUAGCUUGCUGUUAGUCUUCACAUGUGCUGUCGCCACCUCAGCGGUGAGAUGUCGCCUUUCUGUUCAUGGAUUAUGAGCGCCCGCAAAAGAAGCUGCUGAGUGUCCUGGAUUACGCGCUGUAGCAAGCGGAACCAGUGUAUAGCGUAUACAAGGUGUUUUAUCUAACUUCGACACCGCCAUGUUAGCUGCUGAUAUUUCACUUCUCGGCGGCGCACCGCAACGUUAGAUGCACGCGCAGCUGUUUGAUUGGCAAGCACAAGCUACGUGAGUCAGGUGCGAGUUUUCAGUAUAUGGUCCCGCUCUGCACGCAGGCAGAUUCGGCCAGGCGCCGCUCAGAUCCGACUGACCCAGCACCACCACGCCAGUGCUACCAAUAAAUGACGGAACACGGGACGCU